CACACCCACAAACUCAGUGACUUGGAGAGCGGUACAGUGCAGCUGUGAACACACACUACAGGACAGACGGGUAAACGGAUGAGCGGCGGAGCGACGAGCCUGUGACGAGAUGAGUGCACAACUGAUGAACAUGACUGUUGCCACGAACAACAACACUACGAAGUCCCACUUGCAAUGUUUCCACAAAGAUGAUGCCUUCAAGUACAGCGCGUACAGAUACACGUAUCUGCUCGUGUUCCCUGUGGCGCUUAUCUGCAACAUCGGGGCGCUGGCAGUGUUCUUCAGGCAGAGCAGCCGCAGGAGGUCGGCCUCCUGUGUGAUCAUGAUGAACCUCGCCAUAUCAGACGGCAGCUUCUCCCUGACCCUCCCGCUGCGAUUGGCUUAUUACUUUAAUGAAGGGAAGUGGUUCUUCCCAGACUGGGUGUGCCGACUGUGCGUCUUUGGCUUCUACGUCAACCUGUACACCAGCAUCCUCUUCCUCACUCUGCUGAGCGUGCUGCGCUGGUUGGCUGUUGCUAAGCCGCUCCGUCACCGCUCUUUAGCUACGCCUGCUCGAACCUUAUGGAUCUGCCUGGGAGUCUGGGUGUUUGUGGGCGGAUCCUCUGUGCCCUUCCUGUCCAAUGGGGUUGUACAUAGGAACAAUGCAACUCGCUGCUUUGAGCCAGAAACCCCAAAGUCCUGGUCGAUUAUCCUGGUGUUAAACUACGUGGCGGUGACUUUUGGUUUCCUCAUACCUUUCCUCACCAUCAUCAUCUGCUACAGCAAAAUCAUUCGACAGCUAACGACCGACUCGAGCCCCAGCGGAACCAACCUGGCCAGCAAGAAUCGCACUCGCAACCGGAGGCGCUCGGUGCAUUUGGUCAGCAUGGUGACAGCGACCUUCCUGCUCUGCUUUCUGCCCUAUCACCUGGUCCGCUCGCUGCACCUGCACGCCGUGUGCAACCGCUGGAACUGCAACAUCUUGCUGGCCUUGCAGCGAGGGGUGGUGGUGACCCUGUGUCUGGCAGCGUCGAACAGCAUGGUCAACCCGCUGCUGUAUUACUACUCUACAAGGACGUUCAGGGAAAACUUGAGGGAAGCCCACUCCUCACUGCUGUCCAGCAGAGGAGGAUCCAUCAAAUCGGCGAGCAUGAAACGGAGGAACACCAGCUGAGGAGGCUGUCAAAGUGAGGCUGCUAACAAGGUUCCUCAUAAAAGCUUUGAGUCAGACUUUGUUUUAUCUACUCCAGUGGAAAUAUAGAUGACAUUCCCCUAAAGCGCUGACUCUUCUUUCCUAAUAUGGAUGAAAAGCUGGUGGAACCACAUGACUGAACUUUUCUCUAGGACUAAGAGUCCCUAAAGGGACAAACGGACCAAAAAGCUAUCAAGAAGGACCUGAAGGACUGUGAAGAGUUGAGAAUGGUUCAUGAGUUUUAAUGGACUCCUAAACCCUUCUCAACGGACUUUAAUGGGUGCUUCUGAAGAGUUCUGGGGUUUUGAGUUCAAGGGUUACCCAAGAGUCUGAGAGGUUGUGAAGUUUCAGGAGUUGUUGAGAAAUUCAUAUCAGAUUGAUAAGAAUAAUUCUGUUCAAAUGUUGCUUUUGCCAAACUGUAAAGUACUUCUAGAAGCAAAUCUUGCCACUCUUCACAUUCCUCUGAGCACUUAUUUCACCAGUUAUUUUGAAGCAAAUUCAGUUUGAAUUUAAAACUGCAUGUAAAGAAUCACCUGUCAGAUCAGGUAAAAUUCAGCUUCUUUCUUUUGAUUUUCCUGUCGUGUGUUUGGUAUAAAAACCAGAACAUGGACAAGUUGCAGAGUAAAAGCAGCCCCAUUUCUUGCAGAGUAACAGCGCCCUCUUCAGGCAUUAGUGAAGUGUUUGGAGAAGUUACUGAGUCCUUUUCUUAAAUUAAAUUAUAUGCAGCAGGAGACUGCAGACCAUAAGAAGCAACUCUGAGCAAUUUUGACUUAGGGAGAGGCAAUUAGUUAGAUUUUGAUUUGAUAAUUUUCAUAGGAACAUUAUUAGAAUAAGAUAACUGGCAUGACUGCAUUUAUUUUUUCUUUGCGAUAUAAAUUAAGCGGACCAUUUUGCUUUCCCGUGGUGCAUUUUUGUUGUAAGCUCAAACUCAGUCGCUGUUUAGUUCAGCUCUACAAACAUCUCAUCUAGGGGUCUUGAACCCACAACUAUUUUGGCAACAAGUAAACUAGAUUCCGGGGCGAUCGUGGCUCAAGAGUUAGGAGUUCGCCUUGUAAUCGGAAGGUUGCCGGUUUGAGCCCUGGCUUGGACAGUCUCGGUCGUUGUGUCUUUGGGCAAGACACUUCACCUACCGCCUAAUGGUGGUGGUCAGAGGGCCCGGUGGCACCAGUGUCCGGCAGCCUCGCCUCUGUCAGUGCGCCCCAGGGUGGCUGUGGCUACAGUGUAGCUUGCCAUCACCAAUGUGUGACUUAGGCGCUCCCUAUACAAAUACAGGCCAUUUAAACUCGAUCAAUUACGAAAUUAACUUAUACAUUUUUCAUGGAAAAAAAUCGAGACGAUAAACUGUAGUUUAUGAAGUCCGUCACAGGCAACCAAAAGUUGGAAAAUCUUUUUAAUUACUGCAGCAGGUGAAAUUUUAAGUUAAACACAACAAACUUAGCUUAAAAACAGGAUAUUAUCAUAGCAAGACUUGUUUGUGGCUAUUUCGUGGGAUUUCUUGGGUCUAGAGUUGCUUAAAAGAUAUUAUAAAAAUAUAUAUAUAUAAAAAUAUAUUGCUUAAAAUAUAUUUUUUUGAUAAUGAAGGUUGCUCAGGUGAAGCAGUGGAAAGAUAUAUAGAGAGAGAGGGUUAAAAAUGCACUUUUCAUAAGUUUAAUGAAAAUCUAUGGAAGGUUUCAAACUGUGAAACAGCUUAUACUGAAACACUGUUGAUUAUUCUUCCACCUCUGACUUCGUCUUUUUGAGGACUUUGGAUAUGCACUAACACUGCGCUUUGUUCCCGAGUGUGAGAUAUUUGUGUCCGUGUGUCAUUAUUGUUGAAACAUAUGAUGCUGUUUCCAGUGAAGAGUUGUUGUUUACAUGUUUAUUUAUUUGCAAAUAAAAACUUCAGGGACAUUUCACAUGAAACGGAAACAUCUCCGUUCCCUCCUUUCCCCCAAACUCAUCUUCCUGUUUAUUUUCCACAGAACAGAACUUUUUUCUUUGGAUUUACUGCAUUAUAUAUUUAUUUAUUAUUGAAGGUCAAAUAUGAUUGUCUCAUCCCUGUAGGGGUCGCAGUGGGACCCUGUGUGCACUGAGCAGCAGUGAAUGAUGAUGUGUUUAUUUGACGGAAAUACACUGGCCCUGAAGUUAAACAAUAAAGAUAACACACAAUAAAAUGUG